GGCGUACGUCUAAUGUAGUAUACGUAUCGUCGUUCGCUCUGCACCCCCCUCGCCCCGCUCUCAACAGACGCGAUCUUAUCCUCGACCGAGUAAGGUCGUCGUUACUUGUAAAAACUUAACUACUUGGAAGUGUUCACUAAAGUGCUCGGUGAAUGAUGGUGAAAAAUCAAUGUGUAUUGUUAUAAAGUGGUUUCACGGCAGUACUAGCCGGUUCUGUGUACAGUGCCGGGCGGCCCUGCGGCCUGCCAGUCGCCUGUGCUUUCUAAACGAUCCCGCGAGCAACGGUUGUGACGGUUCAUAUUCGUAAACGGAUAUUUAAAGUGAAUUAAUCUGGCUUUAUACAGGUUCGCGAGAAGCGAGCGCCGCGUCCGCGCCCUCACGACUCACACAUGAGAAUAAGGAAGGCGACAUGCAGAGCGCGCGUGCGCUGCUGGUCCUGGCGGUGCUGUGCGGCGUGCGCGGCGCCGGCCCAGGCCCACCCACACCUCUUCCAGCGCUGCAGCCGGUAUUGCAUUUCGACUAUUCGUUGUACAACGUGAGCAUACCGGAGAACAGCCCACCGAGGACUUAUGCAUCCCAGCCACCCGCCGCCGAUCCUUUGGGCUUGCGUUUACCUGGUCCUGAAGCAAGAGUUCGAUUUCGUAUUAGACAUGGCGAUCGCGACAAAUUCUUUAAAGCGGAAGAACAUGUCAUAGGCGAUUAUUGUUUCCUUUCCAUUCGCACACGCGCUGGCCUUUCUGAUGUCUUAAACCGGGAGCGAAGAGACAAUUACAGAUUAGAGAUUCGAGCCACAGCGCAACUGCCCAAUGGUCGACAGCUUGAAGCUGACACGGUAGUAGUUGUAGAGGUUACGGAUGAGAAUGACCUCAGUCCUCUAUUUUAUCCGACUGAGUACGAGGCAGUAGUUCAAGAAGAUGCUCCCUUACAUUCUAGUAUUGUACGUGUUUCCGCCGAAGAUGCUGAUCUUGGUAUUAACGGUGAAAUAUAUUACAGUCUUGCAGAAAGAACCGAUCGGUUUGCAGUACACCCUACCAGUGGUGUAGUAACUGUAACACGAUCCCUGUCUGUGGUGGAAAGUUCUCGUUACGAAAUAACAGUGCUAGCGCAUGAUCGAGCGUCUUUGAUUACUCGAGGUGACAAUGCACCCGCAGCACGAGCGUCCUUAGUAAUACGAGUUAUUCAGGCAAAUCUGCAUGCACCCGAGUUGCGAGUUCGUCAUCUACCUGAACUUAUAGAAAACUCAACAGCCGAAAUAUACGCAAUUGUAGAAGUUAAAGAUAAAGACACUGGAGAACACGGUCGCAUUAUUGGCCUAGAAAUCGUUGAUGGUGAUCCAGAUGGUCAUUUCCGUGUACGAAACUCGGCGCAGCAAGGUGAAUAUGAUAUUGUAGUGCAUGCACUUCUUGAUAGAGAGAGUGCGCCUCAUGGUUAUAAUCUGACUCUCCGUGCAACAGACGCAGGAAAACCGCCUCGAUCUUCGUAUUUAACGUUACCAGUGUUAUUGACUGAUACAAAUGAUAACGCGCCGAUAUUCAGUCGUGAAAUAUAUGAGGCAACCCUGCCGGAGACUGCUCCACCAAACACACCCGUUAUUCGAUUAAAGGUAAGCGAUCGAGAUGAAGGCCGAAAUGCUAGAGUAUAUAUUGAAAUAGUGGGUGGUAAUGAAGGCGGGGAAUUUGUGAUUAAUGCAGAUACUGGAGUUCUCUAUACGGCAGUCGAGUUAGAUGCUGAAGAAAAAUCUUUAUAUACUCUCACUGUAUCGGCUAUUGAUCAAGGUAACGCCGGAACACGCAAACAAUCUUCGGCUAAAGUGAAAAUUGCUAUACUAGAUGCAAAUGACAACGACCCUGUCUUCGAGCGUGAAGAAAUAGAAGUGGCUCUGGUAGAGAACGGUCCCACAGGUGCAAUCGUCGCUCGAGUGAUUGCACGUGAUGCCGAUUCCGGUGAGAAUGCUUACAUAUCAUAUAGCAUUGCUAACUUACAACCGGUUCCUUUUGAGGUGGAUCAUUUUUCUGGUGCAGUGAGAACUACAAGGCUACUUGACUAUGAAAGUAUGCGUCGUGAAUACGUUUUACAGAUUCGUGCCAGUGAUUGGGGAUUACCUUAUCGUCGCCAAGCGGAAAUGAGACUAACAGUACGACUUGAAGAUGUCAAUGACAACCGUCCCCAAUUUGAACGAGUUGAUUGCGUUGGGUAUCUAUCACGGCGUUUAUCUAUUGGAUCUGAAAUUGUAACACUUUCUGCAAUUGAUUUUGACUCUGGAGAUGUAGUUUCAUAUCGUGUUAUUGGAGGUAAUGAAGACAAUUGCUUCUCUCUUGAUUCUAGCACUGGAGUGCUUGUGCUUUCUUGCGAUCUUAGUGACAUAAGAACUGAAACACGUGUAUUAAAUGUUACGGCAACCGAUGGAACGCAUUUCGCGGAUGCAGCUACUUUAACAUUACAUUUAGUCAGCGGUAGUGGCAGUGGAAGUGGGGGCAACAUUGAAUCGAACUCAUUAGAAUGUCGUGAUACUUCUGUAGCACGUCGUUUAACUGAGCUAUUAGCAGCUGCUGAAAGAAGCAAUGCACCUAUAGAUUUUGCAGAAGAUUUCCCUCUAGCUUCUUCUCGUUAUGGAGAAAAUUUACACUACCCAGAGUUCAUCGACUUUCCAGUUGAAGUAAAAGUUAAUGAAUCUGUCGCAUUGGGUACCUCCCUAGUUCGGCUCAAAGCCCGCGAUCGAGAUCUUGGCUAUAAUGGACUCUUAGUAUACGCUAUUUCUGGGGGCGACGCCGAUUCAGCGUUUCGUAUUGACCCAGAUUCGGGAGAGCUUAAAGUAAUCGGUUAUCUCGAUAGAGAACGAGAAAGUGAAUAUUACUUAAACAUAACCGUAUAUGAUCUUGGUCACCCACAACGCACAGCUUCUAGACUUCUACCUAUUACAGUACUCGAUGUUAAUGAUAACCCCCCAAGAUUUGAAAAAACACUCGCUAGUUUUAGAGUAACCGAGAAUGCUAUCAACGGAACAGCAAUAUUUCAUGCGAAUGCAACUGAUCGCGAUGGAGGUGAAUAUGGGCACGUCACUUAUAGUCUAAGUGGAGGAGGUGAAGGCGAAUUUUGUAUCGAACGUGAAACUGGGGUUAUGUCUGUUUGUGCACCUCUUGAUAGAGAACGACGUUCACUCUACGAACUAACGGUUCGGGCUACCGAUGGUGGUGGUUUGCGUGCUGAGGCAUUAGUGCGCGUUGCUGUAGAUGAUGUAAAUGAUAACACCCCACGAUUUGCUUUACCAGCAUAUAGUGCUCGUAUACGUGAAGAUGUACCAAAUGGUACUUUAGUUGCAGUACUUGAGGCAUUUGAUCCUGACUUAGGAGCUGGAGGAAUCGUCACUUAUUCCUUGCCUGAUCAAUCACCUGACGACAUUGUUUUCACAGUUGAUAGCACUUCUGGUACAUUACGGACAGCUAAGCGGUUAGAUUUCGAAGAAAGACAGGUCUACGGCGUUACAGUAAGAGCAACAGAUGGCGGACGACCAUCAUUGUGGGCAGAAGCUACGCUCAUUGUAGAGGUAGCUGACGUUGAUGAAAAUGCACACGCACCUGUUUUUGCGGAGCGACAAGCAUUCGCAGCAACGGUGUCCGAAGACGCAUCUCCGGGCACUACAGUCAUCACUGCGACAGCUACAGAUGCCGACCCGCCGGGUCGUGAUUCUCGUCUUGCGUACUACAUUGUCGCCGGCUCCGGCAUGGCACUAUUCUCAAUCGAUGAUUCAGGUGUAAUUAGAACACAAACACCUCUUGAUCGAGAAACAACACCGCAUUAUUGGCUAACGAUAUGUGCACAAGAUCAUGGCUUGGUGCCGCGUCAUGCUUGCGUUCAGGUUUAUAUUGAGGUAGAAGAUGUUAACGAUAUGGCCCCAUGGCCCGAGCAAGCAGAGUACGUUGUCACCGUCGCGGAGCACUGCGCUGCAGGCACACAUGUUGCCCGCGUUCACGCUAUUGACACCGAUGCUUCUUCCGUGCCUGCCAAGCUGCGAUACUCGAUUAUUGCCGGUAACCCAGACGGACUCUUCUCUAUAGAUGAAGAAACUGGUGAAAUCACGACAACGGGUCGCACGCUAGACCGCGAGGCCGCGGCGACGCACGCCCUCGAGGUGUCGGUGUGGGACGGCGCGCUGGCGGGCGCGGCGCGCGUGCGCGUGUCGCUGCUCGAUCUCAACGAUCACGCGCCAGCCUUUACACAACGCUUUUAUGACGUGCAUGUGCCUGCACAACCGACGCAGGAUGAUGAAGCAGCCUCCUUCGAAGCUGAAGAGAGUAGCUCGGAAGCGGAGAGCGAAGCGGAAGCUGAGGACGAAGAUGAAGGAUCUGGUGUUCAUCUAGUCUGGGACACAUGGGAAGAAGCUGCUCCUGAAGGCACUUAUAUCACCACGGUGGCAGCUCUCGACAGCGACGCCGGAGAAAACGGAACCGUUCGUUACAGCGCUCGUGCACGUGGUAUCGCUCGAGGUCUCCUACGCGUGCACGCUCACUCCGGACGAAUAUACGCUUCGCCACGUCUGCCUCUCACCGCGCACGUCACUUACGAUUUGACGGUGCGCGCGUGCGACGGCGGCCCCAAGCCGCGCUGCAGCGUGUCGCGGGCGCGCGUGCGCGGCGCGGCGGCGGGCGGCGGGCGCGCGCCGCGCGUGCGCGCCGUGCCGCCGCUGCAGGCCGCCGAGCUGGACGCGCCCGGCUUCCUGCUGGCUCUCCUGCAGGCCUCCGACCCCGACGGCGACGCCCUCUACUACGACAUUACCGACGGUGAUCCCGGACAUCAGUUCUACGUAGGUCGCGAGGAUGGUAGCCUGGUCUUGGCGCGACGCUUGCUCUGGGAAGAACGAUCGCGAUAUUCGCUUAACGUAUCCGUAAGCGAUGGACUGAACACGGUUUAUACGUCGAUAAACAUAACCGUGAUCAACGAUGCGAACGAAGGCGGCGUGACGUUCUCGCGAAGCGAGUACGUCGUAGAGGUGUCGGAAUCCGCCCGCGCGGGCGAGGCGCUCGUGACGCUGCAGGCCUCGGCGGGCGCCGCCGCGCGCCUCCUCUACGGGCUGCACGCGGCGCGCGCUCCGAGGGAUCUGUCGCUCUUUCGUCUGAACGAGCUCACCGGCGUCCUCGAACUCGCUCGUCCGCUCGACAGAGAGACUUCGGCGACCCACGAACUGACCGUGUGGGCUCGGGACCAGGCGCCCCGCGCCUCCGUGGCGUUCGCGCGCGUCACCGUGCGAGUGCACGACGCCGACGAGCACGCGCCCGAGUGGGGCCGCCGCCUGUGGGAGGCGCGGCUGGCGCGCGGCGCGGCGCCCGGCACGCUGGUGGCGCCGCUGCGGGCCGCCGACCGCGACGCGGGCGACGCGGCGCGGGUGACGUACGCGCUGGUGGGCGGCGACGCGGCCGGCCUGUUCGUGGCGGACGCGGAGCUGGGUGACGUGCGGCUCGCGCGCGCCCUGCCGGCCGCCGGGCCCCGCGACUACACGCUGCACGUGCGCGCCUCCAACCCGCCCCCGUCCGCUCGCUCGUCCACGCUACCGCUGCACGUGAUCGUUGUGGAGCCCGACGACGCGCCACCGAGAUUUCUGUCGGACGACAUAGUAUGCGAAGUAUACGAAAACGAGCCCGCAGGGACGGUCGUCGCCACCUUAGAGGCGCGCAGUUCCUCCGCCGUUUGGUACACGCUCGAAGGCGGAGAAGGUCGGUUCAAUCUGAAUCCUGCCGCCGGGGUGUUGUCUCUCGCUGUUCCACUAGACUAUGAGAAGCGAGAAAUCUAUAACGUUACCAUCAUCGCCCUCAAUAUGGGCGGUGGCAGUGCAAAAGCGCACGUAACAGUGCACGUACUGGAUCGCAACGAAUUCCCGCCGGUUCUUCUUCGUCGAGAAUAUCGCGGUCGCGUGUCAGAGGCGGCCGGCGUGGGCGCGCUCGUGACGGACGCGGAGCGCGAGGCGGGCGCGCCGCUGGUGCUGGCGACGGCGGACGCCGACUCGCCCGCCAACCGCCAGCGCGCCUACGAGGUGCUGGAGCCCGCCGCCGCCGCGCUCUUCCGCCUCGACCCCACCACCGGCGCGCUGCAGCUCGCCGCCCCGGUCGACUAUGAGCAGCAACAGAUCCACAGAUUCACAGUUAAAGUCAUCGAUAUGGGAAACCCUAGGUUACCUUCGGAUAGCGUCGCCAAAGUGACGAUCGAGGUUAUAAACGUGAACGACUGCCCUCCAACGUUCGCUCAGGCCUCGUACGAAUCGAUCGUUUUGCUGCCGACGGCGAGCGGUGUGAGCGUGCUCACGUUAUCUGCGAACGAUCCCGAUGAACCGAAUUCGCUCGCUUCGCUCAAGUACGACAUUAUUGACGGAGAUCCGCGUGGCGCCUUCGCGCUGUCGGCCGCUGGCGAGCUCAGCGUAGUGGAGCCGAGUGCGCUCGCUGGAUCGCACCGGCUGCGAGUGCGCGUGUCGGACGGGCUCUACUCGAGCACGGCUCGAGUCGAAGUACGCGUGCGGGAACCGGAUAAUUCCGGGCUCGCCUUCCAAAAAGCGGACUACUACGGAUCCGUUGUCGAAAAUUCCACCAAAUCUGCCACUAUCGUCGUUCUCAACGUCCUCGGAGCCGCACUGAACGAGCAUGUCGAAUUUCGAAUACUGAAUCCGGUCCGAGGGUUCGAGGUGGGCGCGACGUCGGGCGCGGUGCGCAGCACGGGGCUGGCGCUGGACCGCGAGCAGCGCGACGCGUACACGCUGCUGCUGCAGGCGCGCAGCGCGGCGGGCGCGGGCGGCGGCCGCGUGGCGCACGCGCGCCUGCACGUCAGCGUCACCGACGUCAACGACAACUGCCCCGUGUUCGUGGAGCGGCCCUACGUGGCCGCCGUGCUGGCCGGCGCCGAGCCGGGGUCGCCCGUGGUGCGCGUGCGGGCCGUCGACGUCGAUGCGAAUGACAACGGCGAGGUUCGAUACGAGAUGAAGCGCGGCCACGGCGAACUCUUCCGCGUCGACCGACGCACCGGCCAGAUAACUCUGAAACAAACCCUGGACGCACACAAUCAACUGUACACUUUGGUGAUCGCCGCCUUCGACGGAGGGACGCCGGCGUGCGGCGCGGAGGCGGAGGUGUCGGUGCGCGUGUGGGGCGGCGGCGCGGCGCCGGCGUGGCCCGCGGCGCACGAGGCGCGCUCCGUGCGCGAGGACGUGGCGCCGGGCUCCGCGCUGGGCGCGCCGCUGCAGGCGCGCUCCCCGCUGGCCCGCCGACUCAUCUACACGCUGCACGACGGCGCCGCCGAUCUCUUCGAGAUACACUUCGACACCGCGCCCGACAGAGGGAGCGGUCCGUGCUCGUUGGUGGCGCGCGCGGCGCUGGACUACGAGGCGGCGCGGGAGCACGCGCUGACGGUGCGCGCCACGGACGGCGUCACGGGCGCCUACGCCGACCUCGCGCUCACGCUGGCCGUGCAGGACGUCAACGACUGCGCGCCCGAGUUCGAAGACGACGAGUACCGCGCCGCGGUCUCCGAGGCGGCCGCGGUCGGGGACCUCGUCCUGCGGGUGCACGCUGCGGACGCGGAUAGCGGUGCCAACGGCGAAGUGACGUACUCUCUGUCCCCGUGGGGACCCGAGAUGGGCGAGGAGGAGACUCCGUUUGCAAUCGAUGCGGCGACCGGCGACGUGCGCGUGUCCUCGCCGCUCGACCGCGAGCGACGCGCCGCACACCACCUCCUGCUCACCGCCACCGACUCCGGCCGACCGCGCUUGCUGACCACUGCACAUCUUUUUAUAAACGUGGAGGACGUGAACGACUGUGCGCCGCGCAUGGAGCGGACGGUGGUCGCCGCGCUGGUGUCGGAGGAGGCCGCGCGGGGCACGGCGCUGGCGCGCGUGGCGGCGUGGGACGCGGACGAGCGCGACGCGGCGCAGCUGCAGUACGCGCUGCAGGGCGCGCCGGGCGAGCGCCGCGCGCUGGCCGUGCACGCGCGCACGGGCGUGCUGUCGCUGCUGGACGCGCGCGCCUGGCCCGCGCUGGCCGGCUCCCCGCGCUCGCUCAACGUGUCCGUGUCGGAUGGCGCACACGCCGCCUUCGCGAGGGUCAAACUCUCGCUCGCGCCCGCCAACCGGGCUCCACCUCAUUUCCCUCAUCUCGUACACGAGGCUCGCGCUUUAGAGAAUCAACCACCGCCGCUUCUUCUGACUACGGUGAAAGCGUACGACGACGACGCAGGAGAGUACGGGACUGUGACAUACUCCAUACCGUCGGCUAAACUACGCGAGACAUUCACGAUAGAUUCGAACACCGGGGCUCUAGCGACUCGAGUGCCGCUGGACCGCGAAAAGCGUGCCGAGUGGGAAGUGCCCGUGACGGCGAGCGACGGCGGCGGCCUGCUGCGACACACCACAGUGCGCGUGCGCGUCGCAGAUCUCAACGACAACCCGCCCGCCUUUCCUUUGCGAGAGUACCGGGCAACCGUGCGGCACGAUCGAGCACCUCUAGUUCCCUUCCUCACGCUAACGGCGAACGACGCGGACGCAGGAGAUAACGCGCGAUUGACAUACUCAGUCUACGAAGGCGAGCUGCGAACGGACGCCGCGGGCCUAUUCGCCGUCGACCCACUCACCGGUGCCCUUUCCUUCGCUCGUAAUGCUUCAGCAUUCGCGUCCCGCACGGUGCAAGUGUGGGUGCGCGCGCGCGACGGCGGCGGGCUGGCGGGCGAGGCGGGCGUGGCGGUGCGCGUGCUGGCGGCGGGCGAGCGCGCGCCGCGCCUGGUGCCGCCGCCGCCCGACCUGUUCCUGCCGGAGGACGCGCCACCCGGCACGCUCAUCGCGGAGCUGCGCGCGCCGGCCGGCCCGCUGCCCGCCCUGCGCCUCGCGCCCACGCACGUCCCGCGCGACCUGUUCGCCCUGGACGCGGCCGGCCGCCUCGUGCUCGCCGCGCCCCUGGACCGCGAGACCGUUCAGGAACAUGUCAUAGGGAUCAUUGCGGAGGGCACGGGGAGUCCGGCUCCGGCGACGAUGGUGCUUACGCGACUUCACGUUUUGGACGUGAAUGAACACGCGCCGAGUUUCCACUCGCAGCCUUACGUCGUACAUCUCGCUGAGAACACACCACCACAUUCUAGUGUUUUACAACUGAUGGCGGACGAUCCCGACUCGGGCUCCAACGGUGAGAUAAAAUUCUCCCUGGCCGACGGAGACACGGACGACGGCCAGGGCGCAGUCCCGUUCGCCGUGGACGCGCACAGCGGCUGGGUGACGACGACGGCGGCGCUGGACCGCGAGACGCGCGCCGAGUACCGCCUGCCGCUGCUGGCCGCCGACGCGGGCGCGCAGCGACGCUCCGCCCGCGGCUCGCUCGUCGUGCGCCUCGUCGACUACAACGACUGCCCGCCGCGCUUCACGCAGGACACCUACUCGGCCGAGGUGCGCGAAGACGCCGCGGCCGGCACGGUGGUGACGCGGCUGGCGGUGCGCGACGACGACGUGGCGGGCGCGGCGCUGAGCUACUUCGUGGCGGCGGGCGACCCGCGCGCGCGCUUCCAGGUGCGCGCGUCGGGCGAGGUGUUCGUGGCGCGCGCCCUCGACCGCGAGGCCGAGCCCGCCUACUCGCUGUCCAUCGCCGCCACCGAUGGCAAGUUCACCGCCUACACCGCGGUGCACAUUGCCGUACUCGAUGUCAAUGACAAUCCGCCGUACUGCGUGCGCCACCGUUACCGCGUCCGCCUCUCCGAGGAUGCGGCGCGAGGGACGCGUCUCAUGACUCUUCUGACUCGUGACGAGGACGAGGCUCCCAAUGCACGCCUCCGUUUCUUCCUCACCGGCGAUCACGCUGAAAACUUUUCUAUAAACAAGGAAACUGGCGUCGUGAGUGUGGCAGCGGCUCUGGAUCGAGAAACUCUUGCCUUUUAUCGUCUAACAGCUCACGCGCAAGAUCGCGAACGAUCCGAGUGGGCAUGCAGCUCCGAACUAGAAGUCUCUAUAGACGACAUCAACGACAAUGCGCCCCGAUUUUCGGCAUCGAUAUAUAGCGUCACCUUACCCGAAGACGCCGAGCUCGGAACCCUCGUUGCGAAGGUGCACGCCACGGACGACGACUUAGGAGAGAACCGACUAGUGCGAUAUUCGUUCGUGGACGAAGUAAACGACGCAUUCGAAUUAGCGAGCGAUAGCGGUAUAAUCACCCUCCGCUCGCCGCUCGACCGGGAGACGCAGGCCGAGCACCGCCUCGUGGUGCGCGCGACGGACGGCGGGCUGCCGCCGCGCUCGGCCAGCGCCACCGUGCGCCUCACCGUCGCCGACGUCAACGACAACCCGCCCGAGUUCGAGUUCGAGCAGUACCGCGCCGUCGUCCCCGAAAUCGACGCUCCCGGGACCGAAGUUCUGCGCGUGCGCGCCACCUCGCGCGACACCGGCGUUAACGCCGAUGUUUAUUACUCGUUAGUCGGCGGCGACGAUCGUGAAGACUUUGCGGUGCAACGAACUAGCGGCGUCGUCACCGUCGCGCGUCCGCUCGACUACGAGCGCAGAAAGGAAUACUUUUUAACGGUUCAAGCCGUCGACGGUGGAUCCCCUCCGCUCAGUGAUCACGCUACGAUUAACAUAACCAUUACGGAUAGCAAUGACAAUGCACCUGUGUUUUCGCAGGCUUCGUACGGAGCCCGGGUACGUGAGGACGCUAGUAUUGGAUUCCACAUCGUACAAGUCAUUGCCGAUGACGCAGAUGCUGGUGCCAAUGGUCGCGUCGCUUAUUCGAUAGCACGCGGUGAUCGCGAUGGAAGUUUCAGUAUCGAUCCGGAUACUGGAUACAUUUCAGUCUCGGCAGCGCUUGAUCGAGAAACUAACCCAGCUUAUGUGCUGGAAGUACGUGCUAAAGACCGUGGAGUACCAGCUCUCGAAGCCACUGCUGUGAUUAACGUUGAAGUUUUAGAUGCCAACGACAACCCUCCCCUCUUCGAGCAGAGCAACUACACAGCAAUUGUGCAAGAAGAUAAACCUCUCGGACAUACUCUACUCAAGUUUGUAGUCCAAGACGCAGACUCACCGCCGAACGCUGCACCUUACACUUUUGAUUUUCAAUCGGGAAAUGAAAUGGGUGCUUUCCGACUAGAACAAGAUGGCUAUCUUCGAUCAGCGACACGCUUUAACCAUCGUAUCAAAGAUCGCUACGUGCUGCAAGUACGAGUGUUUGACAACGGCACACCGCCACUGUAUUCCGAUGCUUGGGUAUACAUAAAAGUAAUUGAAGAGUCUCAAUAUCCGCCCGUCGUAACUCCUCUAGAAAUUAUCGUAAACUCUUACCUCGACGAGUUCCCCGGUGGUGUUAUCGGUCGCGUAUUUUCAUCUGAUCGCGAUGCAUACGAUUCGGUUUCCUACGCUUUAGUUCCAGUGGAUGGAGCACCGUAUCCUGCGAAUGAUUUAUUUGAAAUAGAUCCUCGCGAUGGCACAUUGCACGCCGCACCGAGACUCGACGUAGGAGACUACCGCCUUAACAUCACAGUUAAUGAUGGAAAGUUUGUUGGCUAUGCAAUUGUUAAAAUCACGGUUUUACUAAUAUCGGAUGAAAUGCUUGCACAAGCUGUCGUCGUUCGGUUUCGUGAAGUAACAGAUCGUGAUUUCGUUCUUAGUCAUAGAAAAGGAUUCAUCCGAGCAGUAAGCGAAGCGACCGACUGCGAACCGAGUGAUGUAGUAAUUGUUAGUGUACAAGCGUAUGGAGAUGAUGUGGGAAAGGAGCCGAGUAGAACUCGACGACAAGUAGCACAAGAUUUAGAUGUCGCUUUUGCGGUACGAGCACCUGGCACGGAUGGCUUCUUACUGGCGGACUCAUUACGCCGCCGAUUACACGCACACUUGGAACGUUUAGAAGAACGAACUAGAUUGGUUAUAGAGGAACUAGUACGUGCCGUUUGCGGUGGAUGUGUACACGGUACAUGUACAGAAAGGGUUGAAUUACGAGCCACUACAACUCGUGCGGUAGCUACCGAUGUGUUCUCUUUAGUAGCACCUCCUUACAAACUUCGCGGUGAAUGUUCCUGCUCACGAGGUUAUACUGGUGAUCGAUGCGAGCGCCCCUAUACAGAAUCCACAGAUAUCGUAAGCCCGACAUGCCAUUGCGACUCCUCCAGCUGUGAUCCUAGUGUGAAUCAACCGGGAUAUCGUUGUUGCGAAAGCGACGACUGUCGUCCGGCCGUUACCGUCGCCCAUUUAUCUGGCGACGGAUACCUCGCAUAUCGAUUAGAACGCGGCGUCGUAGAAGGAUCCCGGCUACUAGACGACGAGCUAAUAAUAAGUUUACGUUUUCGCACUCGAAGAUCACGCGGCACACUUCUGUAUGCGGCGGGACGGGUGGACUUCGCAAUUUUAGAAAUCGUAGAGGGAUACGUACAAUUUCGAAUGGAGCUCGGAGCCGGCGAAGCCAAAGUCCGCGCCGGCGGGCCCGUGGCGGACGGCGCCUGGCACGACUUGCGGCUGGAGCGGCGCGGCGCGGGCGUGCGCCUGGCCGUGGACCGGCGCGCGGCGCAGGCGCAGGCGCCGCCGCCCGCCGCCGUGCUGGACGCGCGCGCCGACCGCUUCCUGCUCGGCGCCGCGCUGCAGCGGCACGCGCACGCCUUGGCUCCCGAACAGGUGACAUAUGGCUUUCACGGCUGUAUUUCGGAUAUAAAAUUAAGCGGUGCCUUCCUACCACUGGAAGAAGGCGGAACGUCCGACGACGGACGAGCACAACUAGUCCGACGGGUGCGAGUGCGCGUAGCGGCGACUUGCCCUCCACUUCCGCCGCCCGGACCGUGCGCCGCGCAGCCGUGCUACAACGGUGGCACGUGUAGAGAAAUACCAGACCUUCUGGAAGAUCCAGCGAGCACGGCGGAGGCGUACGAGUGCUCGUGUCACGCGAGGUUCAUGGGCCGUCAGUGCGAAGUGGAUAGCGAUCCCUGUGCGUCGCAGCCGUGCCUGCACGGCGGGUUCUGCACGGCCGAGGGCUCGGGCACGUUCCGCUGCGCGUGCGCCGCGGGGCUGGCGGGGGCGCGCUGCGAGCGCGGCCGCUGGUGCGCCGCCGGGGUGUGCGCGCACGGCGGCUCGUGCGAGGAGGGCGAGUGGGGCCCGUCGUGCCGCUGCCGCGGGUACUACGGCCCGCGCUGCCAGUAUGACGUCGAUGAGUGUGUCGGAGAGCCUUGCCUAAACGGCGCGACUUGUCUCAACGAGCCUGGCUCUUUCCGAUGUCUUUGUCCGCCCGAUAAGACAGGUAUGAAUUGCGGUAAUCCGUUAUACUCGGAUGCAGUAGUGGCGGGUGAAGCUGCAGGUGGCGGUCGUGCCCUUCGCGAGCUGUGGUCGUGGGCUCUGCAAGCGCGCUGGCCGCUCGGAGUGGCCGUCGCUGCGCUGCUUCUACUAUUGGCCUUAAUGCUGCUGCCCUUCUUGUUGCGACGCUCGAGGCGCCCUCGAGGUCCCCCCGCGCCUCUCAACAGCGCCAUCGAGAAACUUCCGCCUCGCGCCUCCAAACUCUCCAAUUUAGAGGCAGUGCGUCGCGGUCGACCCGCUUCAUGUGCGGAACCACCGCCGCUCAACAACAUCGACACUCUUCGUUCCUAUGGCUCCGCCGGCGACGAACUCGAGGGCAUUCCUCCCGAUUAUCUACGCAAUCUCAAUAUAGACCCGGUCGAUCGGAAGCCCUGGUCGGAACAGAUGCAUCUGCACACAUUCGUCGAUAAUAAAAUUUAUAACGAUCUGAAAGGCUGCAACACACGUGUCCGCGUGCCGUCGCCGGCGGCGGCUCGGCGCGGCGCAGGCGAGCCGCACCUCGUGGGCGGCUACCACUGGGACUGCUCCGACUGGUGCGGGGGCGGCGGCGCGCUGCCCGGCAUCAGCGAGGUGGCGGGCUCCGAGCGCCCCGACUCGUCCUCGCCCCCCUCGCCGCCCUCGCCGCGCUCCCCGCGCUCCCCGCGAUCCGCACGCCUCUCGCCGCGAAGGACACUUCCUCUUCCUCUCGACACCGAUUCGGCGACUGACGAUCAUGAACCUUUACGCUUCACCGACGCCUCUUCAUAUUUGCUGAACGUAGACGAGUACUCCCCGGCCGGGGAAGAGGGGACGCUGCGCGCCCGUACGAUUCGCGAACCAGACGCCCACAGCCUCAUCACGAUGCUCGAGGAGCGGCAUUCACUCCUAGGCGACGGAGGCUCGUGCAGCGACCUGUCCGCCAACCUGUGCGAGAUAGAGGACUCGGAGGCGGAGGAGUGCGCGCCGCCCGCCGUGCCGCCGCCGCCCGCGCGCCACACGGACGUGUGACGGCGGCGCGCGGCCCGCGUGCCGCCCGCGCCCCCCGCGCCCCCCGCGACCCCCGCGCCCCGCGCGCCCCGCUCGCGCGGCAUCUAGCGAGAACUCGUCGUGUGCAACGCAGCACACUCUCAGGAUCGGCCCGACUGACGUUCAGUGCUACGACGCAUUGGGCUUUGUCCCCGAUGCGUUCGCGAGGGCAAUGAGCGUGAAAUUUUGUGUAGAUAAAUUAUGACUGAGUUCGAAAUAGUGACGAUACUUUUAUUGAAUUUAUGGUUUAAAGCGUUACUUAAUCUUUUUCUAAAAUAUGGGAAAUUAUCGAAUAACAUAUUACGUUGUGACAAUUCGACAGCUGAAUCUUGCAUUAUAUAGUGGACGUCGAUGUAAUCGUUUGGCAAAAUUGUAAUAAGAUUGAUGUUCAGAGUUUUGCGUUAGGUGACUUGUGACGCAGACGUUAGUGUAAUUGUACAUUGAGUAGUUAGACAUUCGGCUUGCCGCCGCCGCGCAUGCGCCGCCGAGCUAAAGCGUGAUUAUGUAUAAACGUGUAAAUAUGUAUCUGCUGUAAGAGUAACGGUUGUUGUAUUUAUGUAUAUAAUGUAGGUGCGUGGGCGAGCGGACGAGUGUGGGCGGCGCCGCGGUGGCGAGCCGCAUCGUUUCGUACGAUUAAAAAUAUGGUGCUCCGACUAUAGUUUCAUAUCAUGACUUUAAAGUAUGCAUUUACAAAACCUCUCUCCUUCUAGGUUAGCGUUAUCUUAAGGAAUCUAUUUUUAUAUGUGUACAGAAAGUAGCGUAGAGCGGCCGACGGCGAACCUGACUGAUUGAAACGAUCGCCGCGCGGUGCGCGUCAAUUUUGUUACUAAAAUUGUUCGCAAAUAUUGAACGAUUGAUAAUUUAUUUAACUAUUGUUAUAAGUUUUGACACAACUAAUGAAGCGAAUUAAAGUACAAGUAAUA